CCCUCCUAUCAAAAACAAAAUGACGACUAAAAUCCCUCACCAAUUGGAGCCAUGGUCUCAACUCAAGGGCAAAAUCGUCAUGAUCACCGGCGCCUCCUCCGGUAUUGGCCUCGAGUUCUGCGUUGACCUCGCCAAGGCCGGCUAUAGAAUCGUCGCCGCCGCACGUAGAAUCAACAAUCUCAACUCUCUUUGUGAUCAAAUAAACAAAAUAGACGUCCCGACUGACGUUUCGUGUCGAGCUCUCGCGGUGGAGCUCGAUGUCACGGCCGGCGGCCCGACCAUCUGCGAGUGCGUGGACAAAGCUUGGGAUGCGUUUGGGCGCAUAGAUGUUUUGAUCAACAAUGCUGGUGUUAAUGGGAUUAAGGCAACAUCAAUAGAGAUGUCGGAGGAGGAAUGGGAAAAUGUGGUGAAAACAAACUUUAAAGGCUCUUGGUUGCUCUCCAAGUACGUCGGAGCACGGAUGCGAGAUAGCGGCCGCGGCGGCUCAAUCAUCAACAUCUCAUCAGUUUUUGGCCUAAAUCGCACACAAUAUCGCGGUAGUCUUGCCUAUAGUUCCUCGAAAUCUGGCCUUGAUUCUAUGACCAAGGUUAUGGCACUCGAGCUUGGUGAUUACAAUAUUAGGGUGAAUUCAAUCGCACCAUCAUUGUUCAGAUCCGCGAUGACUGAAAGUUUAUUUCGACAGAGUAAUUAUAAGUUGGUAAAAAAUAUGGUGGAAAAUUCAGUUCCACUGAGAACACAUGGAACCAUUAAUCCAGCAUUGACAUCUGUGGUUCGUUAUUUGAUUCAUGAUUCUUCCAGCUACAUCUCGGGCAAUAUCUUCAUCGUUGAUGCCGGUGGAUCUCUCCCAGCUUUUCCCAUUUUUUCUUCACUUUGAUAUUUGAUCAUUAGUCAUAGGUUUUCCGGUGUUUAAGAUUAUGAAAUAACACUCACUAUUUGAUACCGUCGUUUAAGUUAAUACUGUUCGUCAUGUAAUGAUUUAAUUGAAAUUUGUUCCACAUUAGAUGCAGUGCUACUAAGUUGAUAUGUAUUUCAUUUCCUACAAACUAUGAUACUAUAUCUCAAGUAAUAUUUUUUUUAUUCGACCCAAACCUAACCAGAACCCAAACCAAUGACCUGUUAUUUGGGGUGGAGCCAUUAAUUAAGAGCAUCUCCAAUGGUAAUUCUAUAAUAUAGAGUCCUUCACUCUAUUGUAAAUGUUAAGUAUGACAACAGAAUAAAGCGUGUUUACGACUUCUAUUAAUGGUGUUUUAAUACUAACUGUUUUUAGUUAGUUAAUAUAGCCGUUGGAGGCCGUUUUGAGUGCUGCAUCUGUUCCAAGCUGGAUCAGUUUAUAGGGAGUUUU